AUGUCUUGGCUUUUAGCAGACAUGAAGAAGAAAAUGAAUGAUGCCAAAUCGACGAUUGAGCAAAGUCUGAAAAAAGUGUCCGAAAGCGCGACGGAUCAUCAAAAGAGUGAAGAAGAGUCAAAAAGUGAAAAUCCACAAUCUACUGAACCCGAAUCCGACAAGAUCGUCGAACAACCCGAAGAAACAACGGCUCAACAGGAAUCUACAGCUGAAUCUGCUAAGAAAUCGAUGGCUGCUCUUUUCGGAGGAUUGAAGGUUGGAGGAGGAGUAGCAUCAAGUAAAUUGUUCGAGUACGCUAAGGACGCUGGAAAAAAGCUUGGAGAAGUGAAGAAUGCUGUUAUUGAAAAUACAAUGCUUGGAGAAUUGAACAAAGAACAAAACGAUUUUGAGAAGCAACUUCAAGAGGAACGAGAAAAACUCAAAAACAUUGAUUUGCCAUGGCAAGGACUCCCGGACGAAGUUUCAGCAAAGAAGCAGAUGAUGUCAUUGUCAACGGAUACCAGAAACUUUCUUCGUGAUUCUGCAGCCAAUAGUGAAUACAGUUUUGAGCAACAACAAGCAAUGGCUGCUCUACUUCUCAGAGAAGACCCAAAUUUAGCUAACGUUCGAUUCCAAUUAGUCCCAAAACAAGUCAAAGAAAACCAAUUCUGGCAGAACUAUUUCUAUCGCAUCGGACUUAUUCGUCAAUCUAUGCUUAACCAGGGAACAGGAAGAAUUAGUCCAGUUGUGGCUGCACCUGCAACGUCUACAGAAGAAAAGAAGGUUGAAGAGCAAAAGAUAGAAGCUGCCCCGGAAGUUUCUGACACGCAGGAGGCGAAGGUUGAAGAACCAGAAGUCGUUAAGGAAGAAGAAGUUAAGCAAGAGUCUGAACAAGUUCCAGCAAAUAAUGAAUCAGAAGAAGACGAGGAGGUGAAAGAGACUGUUCUCGAGCAACCAGCAGCUCCUGGAGAGCAGACAUUAACUAGUGUCGACGAAGAAUGGGAACGAGAAAUUCUCGCGGAUCUCAAUGACUACGAAGAUGUCGUCGAAAAAACUGGAGGAAAAGACGAGGAAGCAUGGGAGGCUGAGAUUCAGGAACUCCUCAAUGCUGAAUAA